AUGACGCGGCGAUGCCCUCCCGCAACACGUGGCGUGCUGUCCCGGCAGCUCUGCUCCGUCGACGCACCUGACGUGGCGUCGCAGCCAAUGGCUGCGUAUGCCUGUGUGAGCCACAGGUGCCCCUCGCCGAGGCCACCCACGAAUGGCCACAUCGUGUACCACAACGGCGAGUCGAGCUACGUGAUGUACAAGUGUGCCAGAGGCUACGCGAUGCGGGGAUCGCGAUCGUCGCUCUGCAUGCUGGGACGGUGGAGCCCCGAUCCCCCUAAAUGCGUCCCCUACGACAGAGGAUCUGAGCCGGGAGUUUCUACCAAAGUUAUGCCACCCUCGCAGCCACUGACGGCCUGCCCUUACGGCAACAAAGUAAACUGCAGUGUUGAAGUGAAAAGGAGAUCUGUGCCUCGACAAGACAGUCAGGAUUGCCGAAUCCCACAACCAAUCGGCGAAGGACUUGUGAUUGUCUUGAGAGAAACACCGGGUUACGUGACAUACCAGUGCAAGUUUGGCUACCACGACGCACACAAAUUUACGGUGAUUCAUUGCAAAAACGGCAAAUGGACAGGGCAACCCCCACACUGCCUCGAUGCCGAAGGUUUUUCAGCUGUCCACAAUAUCAGCCAGCCACAAGCAAAAAAUCACUGCGAAGAUGACAACGGAGGGUGCGACCAAUACUGUUACUUUGACGGGAAAAGGACGGACUGCAGCUGCAAACGUGGCUAUAGUGUCAACGGGACAAAGUGCAUAGACAUCAACGAAUGCCAAGCGCCGGAGAAUACUUGCAAGGGUCAGUGCAUCAACACAGAGGGCAGCUUCCGGUGUGUCUGCCCUGACGGUUACAAACUCGACAAAGACGGCAAAUCAUGCAUAGAUAUAAACGAGUGCGCGGUGUACAAUGGAGGCUGCAAGCUGCGGUGUGAGAACACGUUCGGCUCCUUCAGAUGCCACUGCGACUUUCCGGGAUACACGUUGGCCGCAGACGGCACGUCCUGCGUAGACAACAGAGGUCGGGACUACUGCGCGGAGCAUAAUGGCGGCUGCUCUCAUAAGUGCCAUUCAGGCGACAGCGCAGCCAUCUGCUCUUGUCCCAAAGGACUCCAACUUUCUAGAGACCGCAAGCACUGUGAAGAUGUGGACGAGUGCAGCGAGAACAAGUAUGGCUGUGCGCACAGGUGCGUAAACCUGCUGGGAUCCGCCUACUGUGAGUGCCACAAGGGCUACAGGCGCCUUGCGGACGGAAAAAGCUGUGAAGAUGUGGACGAGUGCAGCGAGAGCAAGUAUGGCUGUGCGCACAGGUGCGUAAACCUGCUGGGAUCCGCCUACUGUGAGUGUCACAAGGGCUACAGGCGCCUUGCGGACGGAAAGAACUGUGAAGAUAUCGACGAGUGCUCGUAUCCGGAAGUUAAAGCGGAGUGCACCCGUGGCUGUUGGAACACAAAUGGCAGCUACGUGUGCCACAAGAAGCCAGAUGCAAUGAGUACAACACGGCAAACGUUUGCGACCGAAGACGAAGCAGAAGGAUCUGGCUACGACGACUACGGCUACGAUGGAGUAGAGCUUGACCCCAUUCCAAGUGCAGCCUGUCCAAGUGGCUUCGCUCGCAACGAGUCUGGUUGCAUAGAUACGGAUGAGUGCGAGGAACAACCUUCUCUUUGCUCCCAUGGUUGCGAGAACACGCCUGGGAGCUUCCGAUGUAUUUGCCCAGAAGGCUACGCUCUCAAUCGCAAUGGAACUGUUUGCACCGACUACGAUGAGUGCACGUGGUCGCCUUGCCCCUAUGCUUGUGAAAACACUGCUGGAAGCUACGAGUGCACAUGCCCUGCAGGUUACAGAGCGCAUGGCAACGGAAUUAACUGCACCGACAUUGAUGAAUGCAUAGAACAGCCUUCGCUUUGCGCCAGCGAAUGCCAGAAUACACCAGGCAGCUACAGGUGCAUCUGCCCAGCAGGUUACCAGCAGCUCCAUAACCAAACUAACUGCGAAGAUAUUGAUGAGUGUUCAGAGAAUCCCGCGCCUUGUCUUCAGACGUGCACAAACACCGCCGGGAGCUACAAGUGCGCUUGUCAGCGCGGUUACAGGUUACUGGACAACGGCAAGGACUGCGCUGACAUAGACGAGUGUGCCACUGGAAAACCCUGCUCUGAUGUAUGCGUGAAUACCAGAGGAAGUUUCCAUUGUGUUUGUCGGCCAGGAAGGGUUCCUGUCGGCUAUGGACAACGAUACUGCCAAGACUGCCCUAGGAACACAUUCAAGAACGACGCCUUCGGCCAGUGCGACAAAUGCCCUCCCCACAGCCACACAAAUGGAACAGGAAAGGCGUCGAAGGAAGACUGCGCAUGCAAUGCAGGCUACCGAAGAGGCCUCGUCGGCGGCGAGUGGUGUGUAGACGUUGACGAAUGCGCCGAAAAGACUCUUAACUGUUCCCACGACUGCAUUAAUGUGGUCGGAAGUGCUUUUUGCAGCUGUCCACUCGGAUUCAAAUUGAUGGCCGACAAUCUCACAUGCGUUGACAGCAAUGAAUGCGAGGACAAUCCGCGCAUCUGCAGCCAGCUGUGCACCAACACCCAGGGAAGCUACAAGUGCUCCUGCAAGCCCGGAUACACGCUUUCUGCAAAUGACAGCUUCCAAUGCACCGAUAAUGACGAAUGUGCGUUAGGAAUUCACACUUGUAGUCACAUCUGCGUCAACAUUGAAGGAGGAUAUUAUUGUCAGUGCCCGAAGGGAUAUAAGAUCACUGGGGACCUGAAAACCUGCUCCGCCGUCACUUGCCCGAUGUUCAUCGAGGCGUCCAACAGCGUAACAACGUGCAACCCGCCAGCAGAGGACAGCUCUGCAUCUAUCGGAACCAGGUGCAACGUUAGGUGCCACGCGGGCUUUGCGCUGGAAGGCUCAAUAGUCACCAAGUGCACGAAGCAAGGCACCUGGACACACGCACCGCCGACAUGUAAAGGCCUGUCCUGCCCCGCACUGCAGCAUCCGGUGAACGGCAAGGUGAUGCCAGAGCGGUGCUUGAGCCCCGGCGCAAACUAUCUCAAGUCCAGGUGCUACUUCCACUGCAACCCGGGCUUUAGGCUGCAGGGGAAACUCGUCAACACGUGCGAAGUUAACAGGACAUCGGGGUCGACAAAGGCGCUGGACUGGAAGCAUCUUCCGGGUACCUGCAAGAAGGAAACCGGUCCUGUUCGCAUCACGUGUCCCUCGAGCACUCGACUCGUCCUACCAGAGGGCCAGAAUUCCAUGUACCUUCAACUCCCGAAGCCGUACACUAACGUGGAACCGAACAACGUCCGGUUGCUCAUUGACGGUUUCCCAAGCGCCUCGGAGCUCGUACCCUAUGGAGACGUGCAGGCGACUUACGUGGCUACAAACCCCGAGGACAAUUCCACUGCCAAGUGUUCUUUCCAAGUCACUGUGGACGACGAAGAGCCUCCGAAAGUGUCGCGCUGCCCGGGCACCGUGAUGGCGAUUUCCACCUCCCUGGAGGGCGUCCCAGUCACCUGGGAGGAGCCUGAAUUCUCCGAUAACGUCGAUGUGGAGUCUGUAAGAUCGACGCAGUCACCAGGAUCCAUCUUUAACUUCGGCGUGCACAACGUGUAUUACACGGCCAGGGACAUUGCUGGAAAUGAGGCAGUUUGCGCUUUCCACGUGAACGUUUCACGCAAGGAGUGCCGUUUGCCGGCUGACAUCGAGCACGGCAGCACCGAGUGCGAAAACUGGCUGCACGGCGUUGUGUGUGAGCCAAGCUGCGAAGACGGCUACGCGUUACCCAGUAACGUGUCUCUUCUCUACACCUGCGACCUGGCCGGCGUCUGGGAACCAAGGUCCUGGAUACCGAACUGUCAGGCGUAUACUCCAUCCUCGGCGACGGGUUGCCUGCCGGGGUCCGAAUUCUUCGAUGAACUCGACGGGGAAGCCAACGUAUGCGUGGAGUGCCCUGCGGGGAUGUACUGGUCGCAGGACGUGGGCCAAUGCUUUCUCUGCGAGCCGGGAUUCUAUCAAGACAAACCUGCUCAAUCCUCUUGCAAACCAUGCCCGGCAGCAAACACCACGGCGGAACUCUCCGACGUUUUGGAACAGCAGUGCUCCUCGUGAUGCGAGCACCGACAGCACUCGCCACGCGAGUCUCGCUCGGCGAUCGCAGUGAAACUCGAGCCUGCUUGUUUUUGCUCUGCUGUGCUUCACCGAUAAAUAAAUUAAUGAAAAAAAGCGAGCGACACGCAUCGCGAUCCUUUCUUUUGUA